GCGGGAAACGUGACAGGACAUGGGGAGACAAACAACAGAUUUUCAAAGUAAAACAGGAAACAGAACAUCACAUUCAAAGCCUGACAGACAUGGGUGGAUUUACCCAAGUGGGCCCCAGAUAAGACACCCAUUUUGGACCUAUACCUACUUUGUACCCAGGUAGUCCCAGCAUGACCCAUUUGGGGGCCACUUGGGUAUGGGCAUGGGGCCAUGACACUGUAAACAUGGCUGACUAAGCAACAAAAAUAACAGCAUAUCAUAUUUUAUAGUGUGCCACUUGGUCAGAUUUGCUCUACAGAUGGGCCUAAACAAUCAAAGACAGAAACCUUAUGACAAAUUUAAAUUUUUAUAUCAACACAAAGUAAGAGCGUGUCUUAUUUCCCUCUGCUCUCUUUGUUGAAGGUAUUUGAGCUGUCAGUUCAUUUAAGAGCUGAUAUUUAAUUUUCUCCUGGUCUAAAGAGGCUGAGUUGUGCAGCAGCCGCAGUAGUGCCACAGUGCCUUACAGUCCCUACCUCUAUUGUGUGACACACCUGAACACUGUUGCCAGGCAACCCAGCAGCGGUGUGUCGCGUGCAGCAGCAGCAGCGGGCCCACACCGGUGUCAGUCUCCCGAGCCGGAGCAGACAGGACGGUAAACUUUCUCUCGGUGAAUACCAACACACCCAGCGGGCUCCAUGGGUAACAGCUGCAGCUUUACAGGGCCACACCGAGCCGUUCAGCAUGUGUUAAAGAAAGUCUGGAGGAUUUAUCACGAGACGCUGGGGACAUGUCAGAAAGGUAAGACGAUGUUUAAUUACAUUAUUGGCUCGUGAGACGACGGAGGUCAUGCAGGCUACAGCCUCCAAACAGAUAGCUUAUGUUAAAAUAAUAUGCUUUAAAUUAUAUUUAAAGCGUCAUAAUUAUUUAUAUAGGAGCGUGGCUUAUCAGCAGCAUCAAUUAUAGAGGCACCAGUGUCCUGCUAGCUGUCCCCCACAUACAGCGACUAUUAUAAGCUAAUAGCACCUGCUCAGGUGUCCGCUGCUGCCAUGGCAACGGGUCCUAAUCUGCAUUGUCAGGCCCAGUUCACCGUAACUCUAACCACUCGGCCGGUGGUCAGGGUUUCAGCACACACACCAGGGCUUACAUUACGAUAAGACAGCAGCCCAAAGACGCGAUAAUGUCCUGGUUGACCCCCAUCUUUCUUUUCCUGUCUCUCUGUCUCAGCUCUUCAGGUGUGAACACUCUCAGUGGCAGCUUUCCCAAAUCCCACUCGUCCCAGUACUCUGACCUCGGGGUUACACACAGACCUCUCUCUGUGGACCAGAGUCCUGAUUCUGGACUUGUAUCUACACCACUUCCAUCAAGUCGGUUCCGGUUUGUGUCUUGGCAUCGCCUGGAGCAGUCUGAUGUCACAGGUGACCAGCUGACCUGCCCCAGGGUCAGAGAAGGGCCAUCAGAAGAGGAGCUGUUUCAAAGAGAGGGGGAUGACAUCUGUGUGGAGAGAGGGAGGAGGAGGAGGCGAGAGGAGGAAGGGCAAAGAUGGGAGGAGAGGCUGCAAGAGAAUUGGGAAAACUGUCUGGAGUUAAAUCUGUCCUACCAGGACUUGGGCGACCCCUUCCAGCAAGAGAAUUUCCUCCGGAUCCUCCGCCGCUUGAUCCGUGUGGAGAAACUACAACUGAUUGACAACUCCCUCUCCAACCUGAGUUCUGUACGUCUGCCAAGGUGCAGAAUGCUAAACCUGCACCGUAACCACCUGGUGUGUCUGCGUCAGCUGCCAAAGCUCCCAGCAGUGGAGCACCUUUGUCUGUCUGAGAAUGCCAUUGGCUCCCUGGGGGGACUGGGAGCUCUGGGGAACAGCCCGCUCCGCUCCCUCAACCUGACCCGCAAUCCAGUGACCUUCACUCAGGACUACCGUGCACGUGUUUUCCUCUGUUUGCCAAAGCUAGAGAUCCUGGAUGGAAUCCCCAAGCUGCCAGAAGACUCUCUGCCCACCAGACUACACUUCCCAGAAACCACCAGGAUGUGCAACAUUUUAUGACCCUCUCUCCACGGAUGGAUGUGUGUGGAGUCAGUUAUCCAUCCUAAAACACUUGAAGCGAUGACAAGGCUUCAGCAAAGGACUCUGAAGUUGCACUAAAGGUUUAAUAGAGCUGUUGAAUUUAUUCACUCACACUGUGUCACAACAGUUGCCGAAAACACUGACAAUGCAGUCACACGAAAUACAGUGGUAAUUUGCUCCAAGGCCAUGCAAAAUGCUUUUUAUAUGUAGUAUCAGUUGCAUGUUACCAUUAUUGAUAUCUUUGUAAGUAAGAUUUUUUUAUAUGCAUCCUAUCUCCAUAUUUUGAUA